AUGAUGCCGUGCAAGUCAUUUCCUCCGUCCUCUAAAUUAUUGAGGCAUCGGUCAAGCGAACUUUAUAGCCGUGACAAUUUAUUCAUGUGUAACUUAUCGGCUGCCGUGGAUGAAGCGGUGCUUAAGCAAAUCUUUUCGCCAUAUGGAGAAAUUCUUUCUGCGGCUGUAAUGCGAAAUAUUCAUACGGGUGACAGUCUCGGAACGGCUUUUGUGCGUUUCGCCACAACAGAACAGGCGCGUGCGGCUCUGGUGGGUUGUCAUGGGCGAGUGGUUUGUGGCCGUGUGCUGUCGGUUCAAUGGGCGAAGAGGCAACACGAUGGCACUCCCGUAGGCGAGGCCCGAAAGAAAAUUGUGAAGUUAUUCAUACGUAACAUUCCUUUGGAUGUGGGACCUGAAGAUGUGCAACGUCUCUUUGAACGUUUCGGUACUGUGGAGAGCGUAUCACUGCACAAAGACACUGCUGCUGCAACUCCCACUACUGACAACAGCCGACCCCAACGCCGCAUUGCAUUUGUGACAUUUACGGAAUCUGGUGUUGCUGAUCGUGCAGCUGAGGCUGUACACAACACUCGUCCCUUCCCAUCUCAUGGUUCCGUCCCAUUAAUGGUAAAACUUGCAGAAGAUCAUUCGGAGCGCCGGCUCGCUGCUGCCGCUGCUGUGGCUGGUGGAGGUUCGGGGCAUAACUCCUCAUCAUUUUGUGUUCCUCAGCCCCGUUUUGUUGGCCGACAGCAGCCAAAAGUUCUGCGCCCCCCAUCGGGCGAACGUUUGCCCGUGCAACCGCUUUGUGUUUUGGGCUCGAAAGGAAGCGGCCCAUCACCAAUUCUCCGCUCUCCAAAUAUUGUGGCAGCUACGCGAGUUGAUGAUUUUAUGGAUAUUGCGGUUGGGCGUUGGAAAAUGCCGGAACCCCUUUCUACUACAAUAAACACAUGUUGUACCGUUAUGCCACAGGCUCCGGUUGGAACCAAUGGUAAAUUUUUUACCGUUUCAGGUAGUGGACUCUGCGCGGCAUCGCGAUCAGCCAUAAGUUGUUCCAUAUGUGAGAGCAAAAAAGGCAUGAGGUACACUCAUGAACCAUACCGAAGCGUUGUGUGUAACCCCACUGGCAUUCCGGUGCCGCCUUCACCAGUGGAUUAA